AAACUAGCAUGGGGCGGCCUGAUUGGCUUGGAGCGGCCGCGGCAGGCCAGGCUCCCUCCUCGCGCUCAGGCGGUUUAUUGUCUCGCGGCUCCUGAGGCGGCUCUAGCGCGGCGGAAUCGGGACCGGACCUCGAACGGCAGCGGCGAAACCAUGAGGCUCCAGAGGCGGUCCUGACAAUUACAGGCCGGUAAGCCUAACUUCAGUACCAGGCUAAUUGGCUGAAACUGUAUUAAAGAACGGAAUGAUCAGACACAUAGAUGAACAUGGCUGGUGGCAAGGCUGGAAAGGACAGUGGAAAGGCCAAGGCGAAGGCAGUUUCUCGCUCACAAAGAGCAGGACUGCAGUUCCCAGUGGGUCGUAUCCACAGACACUUGAAGACUCGCACUACGAGUCAUGGGCGAGUUGGUGCUACUGCUGCAGUGUACAGUGCUGCAAUUCUUGAGUAUCUCACUGCUGAGGUGCUGGAGUUGGCAGGUAAUGCCUCCAAGGAUCUCAAAGUAAAGCGUAUCACUCCUCGUCACUUGCAACUUGCUAUUCGUGGGGAUGAAGAGUUGGAUUCCCUUAUUAAAGCUACCAUUGCUGGUGGAGGUGUAAUCCCUCACAUCCAUAAGUCUCUGAUUGGAAAGAAGGGACAGCAGAAAACUGCAUAGAGAGGAGUUUUAACCAACCCUCUUCCUCCCUGUCAUUGUACUGUAACUGGGACAGAAGAAAUAUGGGGAUAUGUGGAAUUUUUUAAGAAAUAGUUAAAUGGAAGAGCAUAGACAAUUGACUGUAGACAUGAGAAAACAUUUGUAUGUUCUUUAGAUUCAAAGUUUGACAAAAAGUAUCUUGUCAUGUGGCAGCAAUUCGUGUGUUGAUUGGCUAGGUUUCUCCCGUGUGUUUUAUACAAAAAUGGAACUGAUAAAACCAUUUUUUACAAAA